GGAGGAGCCGGUAGUUGCGGGGCCUCCCGCCUCGCUCGGGGCUGCCAGUAGCCGUGGCGGCCGCCGGGGACCGUAAGGGGCGGAGGAAAGCAGGAGGCGGAGGGGCCCGGUCUCGGCACUCGUUGGAACAGCCGAACAUGCCCCGAGACAACAUGGCCUCCCUGAUACAACGGAUCGCCCGCCAGGCGUGCCUCACCUUCCGGGGCAGCGGAGGCGGGCGCGGCGCUUCCGACCGCGGCGCGGCGCCAGGCCCCGAGGCGCCGAUGCCGCAGGGCUUCCUGGAGAACCUGACCAAACUGAAGAGCCUGCUUACCCAGGUCCGCGCCGAGGACCUGAACAUCGCCCCGCGCAAGGCCACGCUGCAGCCGCUCCCGCCCAACCUGCCGCCGGUCACCUACAUGCACAUCUACGAGACGGCCGGCUUCAGUCUCGGCGUGUUCCUGCUCAAGAGCGGCACGUCGAUCCCGCUGCACGAUCACCCGGGCAUGCACGGCAUGCUCAAGGUGCUCUACGGCACCGUGCGCAUCAGCUGCAUGGACAAGCUGGAGGCAGCCGGCGGGCAGCGGCCGCGGGCGCCGCCGCCGGAACAGCAGUUCGAGCCGCCGCUGCAGGCCCGGGAACGAGACGCCGUGCGGCCGGGCGUGCUGCGCUCGCGGGCCGAGUACACCGAGGCCAGCGGCCCCUGCGUCCUCACGCCGCACCUGGACAACCUGCACCAGAUCGACGCCGUGGACGGGCCUGCUGCCUUCCUGGACAUCCUGGCCCCGCCCUACGACCCCGACGAUGGCCGGGACUGCCACUAUUACCGGGUGCUGGAGCCCGUCCGGGCCAAGGAGGCCUCCGGCACGGCCUGUGAUCUGCCCCGAGAGGUGUGGCUCCUGGAGACCCCGCAGGCCGAUGACUUCUGGUGCGAGGGGGAGCCCUAUCCAGGUCCCAAGGUCUUCCCUUGAAGUCGUCGGCGCCCGGGCGUCGUGGGCCAAAUGCGUGCCCUACUCAGAUCUGAUCUUGGCUGCCUGCGACCCACCGCAAGGGCUCUCUCUCUACCCCCAGGCCUGGGCGUUGGAUCUACUGCCAGGGCUGUAGCCACUUCCUCGGGAGCCUUGGGAAGCGCGGGCGACUGGACUGCAGCCACCCGGCAUGGUCAUGGGGGCGGGGGAGGCUAGGUUGUUUCCUGGCUCUAUCACUGCCACCAGGAUUUUGAUUUGGGGGGGAGGGGGGCAGGGGACUAUCUGAAGCGCUUCCAUCCUAAAGCCAUAAUGAAAAUGUUCUUUCCUCUGUUCUCCAUCUUAUAAGAAACACACUAAAUGGUCCCCACAUUGGGUAAAUAGCGUUUGUUUUCCACUUAGGUCUUUAUGACCUUUUCCUCCUUAUUGUUAUAGUUUUAACUUAUUGAGUGCAUGACCCGGUGGUUUGAAUUGCUUUUAGUUCAAGUCGUUGGUAAAAGCUAGGUUUAAAAAGAUGAGUUACUAUUUAGAGUGAGCUGUCUUGCUUAAUUAAUUUGUUGUGGAAAUUAAAUCAUUUUUCCAGAAUUGGGGGAUUACCCCCAAAAGAUAACUAUGCAUGUAGAGGACAAGAUUUAUUUUCUUUCCUCUCCUUGCCCAGUAGCCACAUCUGGUUUACUGGGGCAGCAUCUACUAAGAAAUUCAGUACCUGCAUAUUACAGUGACAGAUGGUCACUUAGAGCUUAUCUUCCCUAUGAGUCUCCAGAUUUGUGAGUUGAGCAGGUUUCUUGUUGCAGAUUCAUCUUUAAUGCAAAAACUAUGUAUUAUCCUCAAGUGACUUUUAUGUUUUAGUGCACUUUAAGAGAUGAUAGGGCAAUUCUCUGUUUUCUAACCAGAAGAUUCAGAGGAGCUGAAUCCAUACACUUCCAAACAACUGAAUGUAAAACACUCCUAGCCAGCUGUUGAAUUCCAUGCCCCUAUUUACUUCCAGUAUUUUCCUGCUAAAGUAGAGAAAAAUGUUGAUGACUGUUUCAGAUUUUCUCAGGAGCUGUAAUGUUCCAGAGGGCUGAUGGUUCCAGCUGUGUUGGUGGCAGUGUUCUCAGAACCCUCUCCGUCACACAGGAGAUAGCCAGUGCUUGCUUCAUACAGGGAGGUUUUCUACAGGAAGAGAGAGGAGGCACAGAUGAUCAAGGCUGGAGAAUUGAGAAUUAGCUAUACAGCUGGCCAUUUUAGGGCACCAAAACUCGAGGCAAAACACUUCCCACUCUGCCCCUCUUGAAAUAAACAGUUGUGCUGUCUGUGGCUAGUUUUGUUUUUGUCCUUUUAAUAGGCUGAGCAAGUUUACCUUGUUUACAAAUGUAUUGACACCCUUUGCAUCAGGCCAUGGAGCACUAUUGUUGCCCCCCUUUUUACUCUUUAUAGGACUCUUUUUCACAUACUUUUAAUAAAAACAAACUGUAGAAAUAAACACAGUAAAAUUUGCCCAGCUGUUGUCUAAGCCCUCUUGAUUGACUUGCCCAUGUGGCAAUCGAGUUCUAAUAUCUGUAAUAAAGGGACAUUUGCUAUUGGUGGAAAGUGUUGACCCUGUAGGGACACAGUAUGUGCCUUUCCCUCUUUCUGCAAACUGAGUUACAGAGGCCCAGAGCGAAGGAAUAUUUGUUCCCAGUUCUUAAAACAGAAUGAAUAGGCAAAUUCUUGAUGCAUUGGUUUUUUUUUUUUACCAAAAAGAUGCUUAUUCAAUGUGACAUGCCACUAUGUUGUAAAACCUAAAGCAGGCAUAAUGCCAACUAUUUCCUCCAGGGUUACUAAAAUUGUUUUAUGGUGGCUUCACGUUCUGGUGGUGUUUAGUAUACUUUGGGGCCGUUUGAAGGAGUUCUUCAGGUCGUUUGCUUUGAAAAUAAAUUCUAGAGAUACACAUGAUGAUUUUCUUAGAAAAUGUCUCGAAAUGGAUUUUUUCCAUAGCACAGCAGUGAACGUCUAUGGUUAUCCAUCACAUACCCACCUGUUUUGAAUUAUAUUGUAGCAAAAAGUUGAUUUACUUAUAAAGAUUGUUCAUAAUGAUGUUUAUGUUAGAAUAUAACUUGGAGUAUGUUAAACUAACCUACAAAAACUCAUUCUGGCAAGCGGACAGUAAUAAAGGAGGAAUUGUUUUUCCAAACUUCAUUAAGAAAAGUUUUAAAGUUCUCAAGAACAAGCAGGUUGAAUGAAAAAAACUAAGGUGCUUCUCGGAAGAUUAACUGAAAUAGUUGGAGGCCAAAAUAGCAAUAUGAUCUCUCUCUAGUUCAAUAAAAACAGUGAAACUUUUGGUUCACUAAUAAAUUCUGAGUAAAUUAAUGGUGAAAACAAAAAUGUAACUUGUUUUAAUGAGCCACAUUCUUACUACAAAGACAAAAUGUGGUGCAGAAAACCCUUGCACCUCUGCAUAAACCAUUAGUCAUGAUUGACUUCAUAUGCUGCUGUUGUGUUUCCGUAUACUCCUGCAAUAUAGACCAUAUUUUAUUAACAACUGUGAGAAAAAGUUGUCUUCUACAAAGACUAAUGAGCACAAUGAUAGUAAUCACUUAACUUUUCUGUUGAAUAACAAAUGCAAUAAUUGCCUCUCAUGGGUGCGAAGUUGUCUGUCUAAACACUUCCAAAGCUUUUUAAUUCUCUGGUUAUAUCUAUGGAGUUAUAGUUAGAUCUGUGGAGAGUAUUGUGUACCUAUCUACUUACAUCUUUUUGAGAAUUGGUUUUUUACUAAGCCUGAUUUGCGUGGAUUGAGUUUACACCAACUGCUGUUUAUUAAUGAAAAUGGUGGGCUUAUUUUUAAAGUAUUAUGUGUUUGUCAACAGGAGCAGGUUCUCUGACCUUUUAACACUAAUAGCCCUUCUCCCAAAAUCCACACCUUUCAUUUCUCCUUUUGCAUUGUCCUCUUACAGGUGCCUCAGUCUUGGCAUCUCAUGAGGACUCUGUCAUCACUCAUCUAUUCCAAAUGACUGAAUCUUGUGCUCUAGCUCUACUGCUCAACGAAGAAGCAAUAUAUCUUUAAUUCAGGGCUCUGCCCGUUACUGUUCACUAAUCUGAGGGCACUGCCAAUCCCAUAACUCUCCUGGUCUGAAUUCAGAAUUUGAGGUUGCAAACAGAAGCUGCCCACUGAUCACUUCGAUGCAAUGAGGCAUCUAUUGUGAAGGAAAUCUUUUGUUAAGCCCUAUAUAGAUACUGAAUCCUCAGAUCCAGGAAUAUUUAUAUUUCUGAUCUAAAAAUCAGUGUACUUAUGAAAAAUAAAGGCAUGUUUGAAAUUGUUUA